AACUUUAUAAACCCCCCGGAGCCCGAGCAGUGUGAAGAAGAGGCGAGAGCGACCCUUGGACUGGCCAAAGCCGCGAGCCACUGCAUCCCCGUGUCCAGCGCAUACGUCCCGCCGCCGUCGCCACCAUGCCCAAGAGAAAGGCUGAAGGGGAUGCUAAAGGAGAUAAAACCAAGGUGAAGGAUGAACCACAGAGAAGAUCUGCAAGGUUAUCUGCUAAACCUGUUCCUCCAAAGCCAGAGCCCAAGCCUAAAAAGGCCCCUGCAAAGAAGGGAGAGAAGGUACCCAAAGGGAAAAAGGGGAAAGCUGAUGCUGGCAAGGAUGGGAAUAAUCCUGCAGAAAAUGGAGAUGCCAAAACAGACCAGGCACAGAAAGCUGAAGGUGCUGGAGAUGCCAAGUGAAGUGUGCAUUUUUGAUAACUGUGUACUUCUGGUGACUGUACAGUUUGAAAUACUAUUUUUUAUCAAGUUUUAUAAAAAUGCAGAAUUUUGUUUUACUUUUUUUUUUUUAA